AAGACCGCAAUUUGAUGCAUAUUUUUGAAUCGGACAGAAACGGCUUGACUUGAGAGAGACUUAACACAGGCAAAGCUGAAGGACAGAGAUCUGAGGAUUUAUGAGAAGUUUUGCUGCAAGCUUCAACACAACUGACUUAAUUACUGGGACAUCACGAUGAGGAAGAGUGAGGUGCUCGCAGCCGAGUCUGUGGCUUGCCUGAAUAAAGCUCUCUGCCACUUGAAGGACAUCUGGGAAGAGAUAGGAAUACCAGAAGACCAAAGACUACAGAGAACCAAUGUGGUCAAGAAUCACAUCAAGGGUUUGUUAGACAUGAUGAUAACAGAGGAGGAGUCUCUUAGGACCAGACUGUUGAGCAGCAUCGAAGCCUGUCGCAAACAACUGGAUACCCUGUGCUUGGAACUGCAGUUACCCCCAUUUGAGGAGGAGCGGGGCGUCACCAUGCUGCAGCAGGAGAAGGAGAUCCGGACCCAGGUGGAGAUGUUGGUGAAGGAGCGGACCCAGAGGAUGCAGCAGCUGAAGGCCUUGACGGAGCGCGACCAGGGCCUAUCUGACACUCUGUGUUCGGACCCCUACGCCCUCGACCCUAACGCCGUGCCCUCCCUGGAGCAGCUGGACGGCUUCCGCCAGCACAUCGUCAGCCAGACCACAGAGAAGGAGCGGCGGCAUGCUGAGUUUGUGGGCAUCAAGAGGCAGAUCAUCCUGUGCAUGGACGACCUGGACCAGCUGCCAGAGACCAGCUUCGAGAAGGACAUCAUCUGCGAGGACCAGGAGGCCUUCUGCCUGUCCAAAGACAACAUCGCCUCACUCAAACUCCUUCUCGGCCAACUAGAGGAGAGGAAGGCAGAGAACCAGGCGGUGUGUGAGGCUCACAGGGAGAAGAUCCAGGAGCUGUGGGACAGACUGCAGGUGCCCCAGGAGGAGAGAGAGCUCUUCUCAGAGCACAUGGUCGUCUCCAAGAAGAAGAACCUGGAUGCUUUGGAGGCAGAGGGCAGGCGACUGAUGGAGCUCAAACAACUGAACAUGCAAAACGUUACUGAAGCCAUCCGCUCAGAGAUCGCAGUGCUCUGGGAGAAAUGCUUCUUCAGCAGUGAUCAGCAACAGGCCUUUGUGCCCUAUUAUAGCAAUGAUUUUACAGAGCAGCUGUUGGGGCUGCACGAAGCUGAGAUCCUGAGGCUGAAGCAGCACUAUGAAGAACACAAGGAGCUGUUUGAGGGGGUUCAACGCUGGGAGGAGAGCUGGAGACUCUUCCUGGAACUAGAGAAAAAAGCCACAGACCCCUCCAGGUUCACCAACAGAGGAGGGAAUCUGCUGAAAGAGGAGAAACAGAAAGCCGAGCUCCACAAAAGCCUGCCCAAGCUGGAGAAGAAGCUGAAGGCUCAGAUUGAUGUGUGGGAGCAGGAGCAGGCCAGGGAGUUCCUGGUGAAUGGACAGAAGUUCCUGCAGUUUGUAGAGGAGCAGUGGGAGCUGCACCGCAUCGAGAAAGAGAAUGAGAAGCUGGAGAGGCAACUGAAAAAGAGCAAGCAGAUUGAGGUGGAUAUGCUGUAUGGGACAGCUGUCCGGACGCCUACCAAAAGGAGAUUCCUUGGCACAACUACCCCCAGCAAAGCACGAAAGUUCAAUGGCACCACCUCCAGCCUCUCUAGUGCCAACUCUAACAGCACCAUGCGCUCAGCCUAUGGCGGAACUGUCUGCCACUCACCCUCCCGCCCCCCUCUGUCAGUCAACAAGGUCCCAUCGGUACGGACCCCGGGUCGCAGUAAGCCCCCUCUUGCGGGACUGCAGGAGCGCAACAAGGAGAACAUGGGCCAGGUGACCGGAGUUGGAGUCCCUCUUCAGAGCGGUGGGUUUAAAACCCUGGCUAGUCCGCAGCGUAACUUCAGCAUUAACUCUGUCGCCAGCACUUAUUCCGAGUUUGCGACAUGCUUAAUCAACACAGUAAUCGAAUCGGUUCAAUCAAGCGAGACCUCUCCAAGGCCACUAACACCAAGAGCAAGCCAGACAUACUGAACUCCACCAUUGCUCACCUUUGACCCCCUGACACCAGACAAUGACGCGGUUGGUUGAUUGACAUCCUGUGUUUGUGUCCCAUCAAGUCCCCACCAGCUGUCAUUUUAAAGUGGAUCACUAUCCUUUUUUUGUCUGCGUUUAUGUAAAUUUAAGGUAAUACUAUAUGUAUAUACAGUGCCUUGCGAAAGUAUUCGGCCCCCUUGAACUUUGCGACCUUUUGCCACAUUUCAGGCUUCAAACAUAAAGAUAUAA